CCAAGUACCAAGUAAGUAGUAAGUAGUAACUAGUGGCCGAGGGAUUGAGAAGCACCCUCUUGGACUCUGUCUCUGCUAUCCCCGUAAGGUCACACUGACUUUGACUGGGUACAAUGGGUCGGUGCCGAGCUGCUUCGCGCCCUGCGGACGAUGAUCCCAACCUAAGAUCCAAGAAAAAAAAGGCUGCUUUGAAUGUAGAGAAUUUAGACACUUCAUCCCCAGAUGUGGCAGCUCAAGGAGUAACUGAUGGGAAAGGAGCUUUAUACCACUGCAAUUAUUGCAACAAAGAUAUUUCAGGGAUGAUUCGCAUUAAGUGUGCUGUAUGUCAAGAUUUUGAUCUCUGCAUAGAGUGUUUCUCUGUUGGGGCUGAAGUGACACCUCACAAAAGCAAUCAUCCAUAUAUGAUUAUGGAUAAUCUAUCUUUUCCCCUUAUAACUCCAGAUUGGAAUGCAGAUGAAGAGAUGUUACUCUUAGAGGGCAUUGAGAUGUAUGGAUUUGGGAAUUGGAAUGAAGUUGCUGAGUAUGUUGGGACAAAAAGCAAAUCUCAAUGUAUUGACCAUUAUAAUGCUAUAUAUAUGAAUUCACCGUGCUUUCCUCUCCCUGAUUUGUCACAUGUUAUGGGAAAAAACAAAGAGGAACUUCUUGAGAUGGCAAAGGGACAUGAAGUCAAGAAAGGUUUGUUUCUAUAUAAUUUAAAAUCACAGGACCAUCCUUUUAAUGCAGAUGGAGUUAAGGUGGAAGAAUAUCAAUCAGAUCGGAGCAUUGGAGAGAAGAAACCGAAGUUAUCUGGCAAAGUUGAGCCUUCUGUGACCGAGUUGAGUGGAUACAGUUUUAAGAGAGAGGAAUUCGAAAUUGAAUAUGACAAUGAUGCAGAGCAAGUAUUAGCAGAUAUGGAAUUUAAGGACAUCGAUACUGAGUCUGAACGUGAAAUGAAACUGCAUGUGCUCCAUAUUUAUUCAAGAAGAUUAGAUGAGCGGAAGCGCAGAAAGAAUUUUAUACUUGAAAGAAAUUUACUUUAUCCUGAUCCAUUUGAGAAAAGUCUCUCUCCUGAGGAGGUUGAAAUAUGUCAGCGCUAUAAGGUCUUCACACGGUUUCACUCGAAAGAAGAGCAUAUGGAGUUGCUCAAAAAUAUUAUUGAAGAACACAGGCUUAUCAAAAGAAUACAGGAUUUGCAGGAAGCACAUACUGCUGGCUAUCAAACAUCUACAGAGGCUUACAAAUUUAUCGAACAGAAGAAAAAAGAAGCGGAACGUGUUGUUAAAGAAAAUAAUCAUAUUGGUGUUGGUGCUAAGAUAUUACCAAGACCGAAUUAUCUCAAAGGAGAACUUGAUAGCAACUCACUGGGUCUUCAUAAGGAUAUUACAGCUCCACUUUCUGGGGUGAAGUAUCCAGCUGCGGCCAUACAGGAUAUAUCAAGAUCUCUAGAAGAAUGGGAUAUUAGUGGAUUCGCCGGGGCUGAACUGCUGUCUGAAUCUGAGAUAAAUCUUUGUAAUGAGAUCAGAAUACUACCAUCACACUAUUUCAAAAUGCAGAAUGUCUUAUCAUCAGAAAUUUCAAAAGGCAACAUAUCGAAGAAAUGUGAUGCGCAUAGGUUGUUCAAGGUCGAGCCAAGCAAGGUUGAUAGAGUUUAUGAUAUGCUUAUAAAAAAGGGGAUUGCUUCUUCAAAUUGAAACUUAAAUAGUCAUAUUUGCACAUAUAUGUAAUAGUUUAGAAUAUAAAUAUGUUCAAGCACUACAUGUUCAGUGUAAACAAAGCACGGGUUAACUUAUUUCCACAUUUUCUAUUUGUAUAAGCUCUUAUCAUUCUAGUCCUCCUCUAUUUGUUUCCACUAGAGGGUUCCUGUGUGUUGAACCGACUGUGGUAGAGGUUAUGUCAUGUACAAUGUGUUGUAUAUAACCAUGGUGAUUGCUCCGGUGAAGAUUGGUAGAUUCUUCCCGUGAAGAUGAGGUGCCUUGCUAGAAUCCCCGUAAAAUGCCAGCGCAUGUGCAAACAUAGCAGAAUUGUAGGUGGAAAUGGUUUUUGCCAGAUCAAGUUCUCUAAAGUGAGAACGUUAGGAUCUAACCAUCUAUGAAUAAAAGUAUUAAGAUUUAUGAGAAUCAUGCGGAAGCCUUGGUCAAAGGAAUUGUAGAGCUUAUGAGGAGAGAUUGGAGGUUAGUAUUUCGGCACACAUACACACAAGGAAAUCGUGGAGCAGAUUGAAUGGCCGAAGAAAGUUUAAAAAUGCAACAGGUUUCCACUUUGUGGACAGCCCACCAUGCAAUCUUAGGAUGAUUAUUGUAGAAAACUGUAGAGGGGUUUCAUUUCCCCGUCUUGUGCCUGAUCUGUAAGCUUUGUUUUUCUGUUGGGCUUCU